CUUGAAUUAAGCGAAUUUGGGCCUAUCGGGCGACGUGGAAGGCACGCAACCAUGCAGGUCCUCACGCGCACGGGUGGCCUCCAGAGCGCGCUCCGUCGUACACUCAACAGGACCAGUGGGUGCAGCUCAACCAUAAGAAGAUGGCGAUAUGCGCAGGACGCCUCUUUCUCCACUGAGCAUGCUAAAACAGAAUAUGAAUAUUCAAGCGAAGAGACCAUUGAUGAGAUGAGACGACGUCCAAAUUAUAUCCACUUCAUGUGUCCGGGAGUCAUCACAUUUAACGCGCCUGGUCCGGGAGAAGGAACCGGCGCCAUCACCACUGCCGAUUUACGUGCCCACCACUUGGUUCCGUGGAGGCUGCGCACCCUGGACCAGGACAAACUCACCGCGGGGGACUACGUCGAUCUGUCCGAUUCCUGCGCCCUCGCGGUCCAUUACAAAUGCGUCGAACUCCCCAUGGCCCUGAGCAAAAAGCUUCCUGGCAUAAUCAGCUAUGCCGUCAGAGAGGGCGGCAAAGAGUACACCGCAUUCCCCGUUAACACUCGCGGAUUCUUCUACUAUCUCCCGCACCCGCGCUCACCGCUCGGCGGCUCCAUCCGCUUCAGAGUGACGCAGACGGCAGACCCAGCUCGAUUCCGCGAAGGGCAGGACCUACUGGACGAGCACGGGACGACAUGGCAGUUCCCGCUUCUUGCUGCACUCCACCUGGACCGCUACGCCGUUCUGCGGGAGCGUAUGCUCAAAAGCGGGAUCGUCACGCCCGAGCUCCUGGCCGAGCACGCGGAACUGGUCAACACCGCACACCGCUGGUUCCUGGGUGCCCACGUGCAGUACGUCAACGAGGCGCGCGAGCCUUUCUAUGUCGACCUCGCCGACUGGAAGCAGAAAGUCUUCGUGCCCGGUGAACGCGGCCUGUUUUCUCUCGCCUUAAAUACCCUCUUCGUGGCACCACGCCCCGAGUCGGAUGUGCGCAAACCAGACAGCGCAUGGUGGCCGUACACAGGACGCCUUUGUGCCGUCUGGAGGUGCACCGCCGACCUCCGCCGCUCCAGAAGGUGGUAGUCGUCCGCGUACUCCGGAUCGACGAGCCGGUGCGACUAAAGAAUAAGUUGCCUGACGACACCGUAUUCACGGACACCUCUCUCGCUCCGGGAGAGCUCUUGGCGGUAGGGGGCGAGGUGGUGCGGCUGCAUGCCCUCGGGAAAGUGCCACAACUCAUCUCGAAUAUCGUGAUCGAGAGGGAUGAAAAGCGGUUUAGCGAGAUAGUGGCGACGCGGCGGCGGCUAGGCGGACGAAGCAAGAGAGCCUGAGCCAUAGGCGGGACCUGUACACGAAAGGAGAGAUCAUCGAUGUCCCCGCAGUCAGCGGGAAGUAUGCAC